AUGGAACAACAUGCGCAGAAUGAAUAUGUGACGCUCGCAGACGGGCGGCGAGUGGCCGUCCCCCUGCAGGAUUCGCAGCAGAACCUGGACGAAAACGACGAGGUUCAAAUCGAACGACUGCACAAUGUCUGGGGAAGCAGCUCGGGCGCUCGCAGCGACUUCCUGGGCAUCUACUGCAAGCACCGCAACAACGAGCACGAGCGGCUUAAAAACCAAGACGAGCAAUGGGAGCAAGAAACGCAAAACACCAUCUUCCAGACAAUAAGGCUGACGAGAAUGCAAAAGGAAUCUGCCAAAACUGCAAAGAGACGGGAAAAGCGGAACAAAAAGAAGGUUAACAAGCUGAUGCACACGGAUCAACAACAGAAGAAGCAACACUCCGUGGUUCAGCCUCAGCCCGGAAAGAAGCAGCCCGAUUCAGGCGCGGAUAAUGCCGGUGGCAAUGCAGAAUAUCAAGCUCCGAACGCCGUGCAGGAGGGCGUAGGUCCGAUGAGCACAACGGCACACACACACGAACACAAGACAUGCGAGAAUGUCAAACGCAUAGUCAUAGAAGACGACACCCUCACUUAG